AUGUCCACAAUGACCACUAAACCUUCCCAAGCGGAAAGAAAGAGAUCUGCUAGAAAGCCUCUUCAAAAAGCAACCGUGAUUGAAACUGCUCGCGAACUUGGAAGCCAGGCCGCAUCUACUGUCGACAAGAGGAUUUUGGACCGGAUCCAAAAAUGUCUAAGCCGCUCCUAUCAUGCCAACGCGUCGGAGGCGGAAGCCAAAGCCGCUCUUUUUGUAUCUCAAAAGCUCAUGAGACAGCACAAUGUGACCCAAGGGGACCUCAUGGCCAGUGAUGACAAUAGCAGCAAGGCACAUUAUGGUGGACGGAGCGUUGUGAGCAUUACAAAGACCGCGAGCUCAUCGGAAAGGGUUAUGAAGGAGGCUUUUGCGAUGAAGGUGGCAACAACAUUGAGUACCUUGUUCGACUGCAAGUCUUUUUCAACCAAUUAUCGCACAAGUGUGCACUGGACAUUUUUUGGAAUUGCCGACAACACUGUUGCUGCAGCGAUGGGGUUUGAGUUCGCACACAAUCAAAACCUAGAGAGACUCGAUUUGGUUGCGGCUAAAGAGCGCGAAGAAUCAAAGAAGCGUCAACGAGAAGUUGACAGAUUACGUCUUCUACCGACUUGCAAGACCGAUUUAAAUAGCCACUCCGACUCUGAAGACAAAGGCCUGAUGCCAAAAACCCCGGUUCUCAACAUGGCCGCCUCCGGUAUUGACUCCAGUAUCGACUCCGAUAGCGAUUUCGAUGAGGUUGACGGGCUUGAUAACAAGGCCGACUUUAGCAUCGACGAUGCCCAGAUCAUAGACAUCGGCCAUGACUUGGACAAAAGUAUGAAAAUAUUCGUGAAACAUGAGUCACCAGAGCCUUCAAAGCCUAUUGAAAUCCCCAAAUACAGCUCGGAGUCAGAAACAACAAUCAAACCAGAGUUUUCGCCUACAUUCACGCCAGUGACAUCUCCCUGGGGAUCUGGAAUGCAGCUUGUUCAGUUCCGGGCAACAGCGGAGCAGGUUGCGGAUGACUAUUUGAAGCAGAACAAUAUCAAACUACGCAGCGGUAGAAAGCGGUCAUCAAUCGUUUGA